AUGGCACACUUCCUUACGUGGACCGUGCUGGCCGUUUGGUCUUGUUUUAUCUAUCAUACCACAGCAGUAUCUUUUGAUGCCACCGACCGCCUAUGCAAGGACCUCAAUAAUGCACUGAACAGCGUGAUUUUCUUGCAGGAUGAGCCCGAGUAUCCUGAAUUGAGAACGGAGAAUUGGUCGGAAACUGCCUGGAGAUUGCCGGCAUGUAUAUUUGUUCCCGCCGAUACAGAACAACUUCAGAUGAUCGUGACGCGUCUCGUUGAGACCGGCACCAAGUUUGCCAUCCGCUCUGGAGGACACUCACCUGCGCCACAAGCAGCGAACAUUGACGGUGGCGUCCUGAUAGACCUGUCUGGCUUCAACGAGGUCAAAUACGAACAGUCCGAACAGGUCGCUACGAUAGGGUCCGGGCUAACUUGGGGUGAAGUAUACUCCAAGCUGGAUCCCUUCAGCGUCACGGUGGUAGGUGGCAGAGUAGGCGACGUGGGUGUUGGAGGACUGACGACAGGAGGCGGUCUUUCCUACCUUUCUGAUCUAUACGGGUUGGUGUGUGACAAUGUCCUGAAUUUCGAGGUCGUUCUGGCUGAUGGAUCGAUCGUGAACGCGAACGGCACCCAAAAUUCCGAUCUAUUCUGGGCUUUGAAAGGCGGCACCAAUAAUUUUUGUAUUGUGACGUCGUUCACUCUGACGACGUACCCAAUUGGCCAAGUAUGGGCUGGAGUGAAGGCGUAUACGAUAGACAGUUUGCCUGCCCUUUUUGAUGCAAUGUUCGAAUAUCAGACUGCUCCCAACAAGGAUCCUUACGCCAACCUCAUGCUGCAAGGUUACGUGAGCAACGUUACCGUGGGCGUGGUGUUGAAUCUGGUUUACCUGAAGCCUGAGGAGUCACCAGACGCAUUUUCUCCUUUUUACCCGAUCAAUACCACAGCAGACUCAAUCAAGAUAUCGAGCUUCAGCGAGUUCAUCUCAGGGCAGGGCCCCUCGGGUUUCCCACCGAGAGUCGACUGGCGUACUACGGCUUUUGAGCCAAGUAAAGCUCAUUACGAGUCGUUGACGAGUCUGAUGAUGAACUCUACUGGUCUGGCACAAAUCAAGUCCGUGACUGCUGGAACUGCGGCAUUCGGCCUACAGCCCAUCUCAUCGAGGCGCGUUGAGGAAGGCCACAGUCGUGGAGGUAAUGCACUCGGACUCCUGCCUCUAAAUCAGACGUGGUUCGUGAUAGACUCUGGCGGAUGGUUUCCAGAGGACGACGCACUUGUGCACAGCGCAACUCGGGACAUGGUCCAAGCAAUCGAAGACAAUUCCAAGAGCGAGGGCGUUUAUCUGCCAUACCUAUUCAUGAACGAUGCCAGCUGGGGUCAAGACGUCAUCUUGCACUAUGGGGCAGACAGCGUCGCUAGGCUGAAAGACAUCCAGGCAAAGUACGAUCCUAAUCGUGUAUUUCAGAACUUGGUGCCGGGAGGGUUCAAACUGCCACAGUAUGCUUUUUGUCAUCUGAGGUAUCAGCACAGGGAUAUCAGACACUACUGUUUAUUCAACUAUUUAAUCACAGGCGAGCGGUGA